CUAUAAGGGAGCGGCGGGGCCGGGGGAGGCGCUCGGCGGCGGAGGCGGCGGAGGCGCGGAGCGGAGCGCACGGCGGGGCGGCAGCGGCUGCAGGUUGGGGACAUCGCGGGCACCAUGCGCCUGCCCUGGGCCCUGCUCUGCCUCUGGCUGCUGGCGGGGGCGGCCGGGGCUGCCCGGGCACGCACGCGACGGGAGCUGGCCCCCGGCUUGUACGAGCACGGCGUCUACGAUGCCGGCGGCUCCUACUGCCAACGAGGGGACGUCUGCUGCCACGGCCGGGACGACGGCUGCACCGUGCCCUACCUGGACACCAUCUGCUACUGCGACCUCUUCUGCAACCGCACCGUCUCCGACUGCUGCCCGGAUUUCUGGGAGUACUGCCUGGGCAUCCCGGCCCCAUUUCCCAAAGUUCAAGGCUGCGCCCGUGCCGGCCGCACCUACCCCAGCGGGGCCACGUACCGGGAGAACUGCAACCUGUGCACCUGCAGCCCCGGCGGGCAGUGGCAGUGCGAGGACAACGCCUGCCUCGUGGACGGGGACCUGAUCGAUGCCAUCAACGGGGGCAACUACGGCUGGAGGGCCGGCAACUACAGCCAAUUUUGGGGGAUGACGCUGGAGGAGGGGAUCCGCUACCGCCUGGGCACCUUCCGCCCGCCGCCCACCGUCAUGAACAUGAACGAGAUGCACGUGCCCAUGGACUCCAACGAGGUGCUGCCCCCCCACUUUGACGCAGCCACCAAGUGGCCGGGGAUGAUCCACGAGCCCCUGGACCAGGGCAACUGCGCCGGAUCCUGGGCGUUCUCCACGGCUGCCGUCGCCUCCGACCGCAUCUCCAUCCACUCCAUGGGGCACAUGACGCCGUCCCUGUCACCCCAAAACCUCCUCUCCUGCGACACCCGCAACCAGCGGGGCUGCAGCGGGGGGCGGCUGGACGGGGCCUGGUGGUACCUGCGCAGGAGGGGGGUGGUGACAGAUGAGUGCUACCCCUUCACCAGCCCCGACAGCCGGCCGGCCGCCCCCCCCUGCAUGAUGCACAGCCGCUCCACGGGACGGGGCAAGCGGCAGGCCACGGCGCGCUGCCCCAACCCCCAGACCCACGCCAACCACAUCUACCAGUCCACCCCCCCCUACCGCCUCGCCUCCAGCGCGGCUCCGUGCUUGCAGGAGAAGGAGAUCAUGAAGGAGCUGAUGGAGAACGGCCCCGUGCAAGCCAUCCUGGAGGUGCACGAGGAUUUCUUCCUGUACCGCAGCGGGAUUUACCGGCACACCCCCGUAGCCGAGCGCAAGGGGCCGAAGCACCAGCGGCACGGGACGCACUCGGUCAAAAUCACCGGGUGGGGCGAGGAGCAGCUGCCCGACGGCCAGACCCUAAAAUACUGGACGGCAGCCAACUCGUGGGGCAGGGCGUGGGGCGAGGACGGGCGCUUCCGCAUCGCCCGCGGCGUCAACGAGUGCGAGGUGGAGAGCUUCGUGCUGGGCGUCUGGGGGCGCGUCGGGGUGGAGGACAUGCCCCACAAAUGAGCCCCCCCCUCCCCAUGACCCCCCCUCCGAGACGGCCUUGACCACCCCCCCCCCAGACCCUCCCCAGCUGGGGUCAGCCGGGGUCAUGCCCCCCCCCCCCGUGACCCCAGCGCCCCGGGUGCUGACGCAGCAGCCGGGUGCAUCGGGGCGUGCAUGGGGUGAGGGGGGGGGAAUGAGGCCGGGGGGGGGGCACCCCGCUGCCUGUGGGAUUUACCCGUUAAUCCCCCCCCCCUCCAGGCUCGGCGGGCUCUUUGUUGGCAGCUGGGGGCUCUCCAAAGGCGGCCCCCCCCCCCUGCCCCAGCCCUCUCCCAGCCCCGUUAUCUGCAGGGGGGGGGGCUGCAGUGGGACCCCCCCUCCAAAAUAUUGUCCCUUAUUCCCCCCUCCUAAUUCCCCAUGCCCCUUUUUGGGGGGGGUAGCACAGCACCACGCAGUCGGGGGGGGUUCCUCCGUGCCCCCCAGGGCUGGAGGAGGCCCCCCCCAGGGCUGGGUGCUGCUGGCACCCAAGGGUGGGGGGGGUCCCUGGUGGGGGGGGGGGUCCCUGUGCCCCCCCCCGCCUCGUCCCAAUGGUGCUAAGGGCUUUUUGUGCAGGGACGUGGCCCUGGGGACCCCCCCCAAGUGUCCCCAUGGGGCCGCAGCUGGGUCCAGAGCAGCCUCACAGCCCCCCCCCCCAUUUUUCCUUCCCCCCCCCAUGCUGGGCUGUACUUUUAAACCAUUUUUUUUGUUGUUUUAU